UCUCUCCCAGACUCCCCUGAACCAACAACUACAGACUAUGUCAAAAUAUUUAACGACUCUAUCAAGUUUGUUACUAAACAAAUGACCUGGCAGGAAGCAAAGAAGCACUGUGAGGGGGAUGGUGCCAAACUGGCUAACCUGCGAAAUGAGUGGACACGGGUCUAUGUUGAGCUAAUGGCGAUAAAAGCUCCUCUGUGGAUUGGAGUGAACAAAAUGGAGACCUCCAGAUAUUUCAGAUAUAUUGAUGGCUGGCCUAUCACCCAAAGCAACUGGGAUGCUUUAGAACCAAGAAUGAACCAACCCUGUGUGUUUGUGAAUGCAGAGGGAAAAUGGAAGACUGCUGACUGCAAUCAGAACAUGACCAGCGUUUGUAUGAAGUCUACAGAUGUGCCACCAACAGUGCCAAGUGAUUUCCCUGGAACUUGCCCUGACGACCCAGAUUCACCCAGAUGGCAGCGUAACAGCUGGUUACCAUUUAAGGGUCAUUGUUACCUCUUUCUCACAGAAAGGGUUGAGUGGCCAGAUGCAUCUGCUAACUGUGUCAGACAUGGUGGAACUCUUGCCAGCAUUGAAGAUCCUUUUGAGCAAGCCUUCAUUAAAAACGGUAUCGACAGAUACAAAGACGUGCACAACUCUUUCUGGAUUGGCUUGUAUAAAACUCACAAAGGCAUGUGGAUGUGGUUGGAUAAAACCGCCAUGGACUACACUAACUGGGGUGAAGGUCAAUAUUCUAGCAACAGUUAUGGAGCAAUUCAAAUUGCAGAUGGAAGAUGGUCGACAGGUAGACCUUGGUAUGACAGACCAUAUAUUUGCAAAACCUCCAAAGUAUUACAUCCUGCACCACCAACAAUUGUAAGUCCUGGGGUGCAUCAUCAAAGCCGUGGACGCAUCAUUUUGGCAGUUUCCCUGGUCAUUGCUGCGAUUGCCGUAGGCCUGGUCAUCGUCUUAUUUCUCUUCAAGAAGUCCGGCCGCCGCUUACCUAUCCCUGAAAAAUUAACAACCUUUGACAACCCACUCUUCUUCAACAAUGAGAGGUCGCAGCCUGAUCUUGUCGACACCAGUAAACUGGUAGCAAAUGCAGAGGAAGAGACCCCUGGCCCUGUUAAAACUGUGUGAUAUAACACCAACAGAAUCUACUGAUCCACAGUAUAGGCAGAGGGUUGAUGGCACUCAUUUGCAUGACUAAGAAUUCAAUUUUCUCUAAACUACUGCUGUAUACCUGCUAGGAUUGUGAAAUGUUUACUAGACAAGGCAAAGAAAUGUUUUCCUGCUGGAUCAUAGUAAGACAGACAGUAACCACUGCAUUUUAUCAGCCAUAAAGGUAUUUUAGAUUACAUUGUGUGUGGAAAUCCUGGUGAAGAUAUGUCUUACAGCUGAGAAGUAAAACAGUUGUAUUAAAAGACACUGUAAAUGGCAAUCCAUGAAUCUACACUGAAUGUUAUGUUUGACUUUUUCCUUAACUUUUACAGAGAAAGCUCAAAGGGUUUAUUCUUGGCUUUACUUAGCUUAGAUUUCAAGUUUUUUUGUUUUCAUUUUGUAGAGUGUUUACAAUUUCAGUUAAUCACUUCUCAGACACAAAUAUUGUACUUUUAUAUUUUUCCCUUCAAUCUGCUGGUGGUUGUUGUUACUGCUUAUUCUUCAAGGUUUUACAUAAAAAAUAAACACUGAACAUUGAA